AUGACGAAGCUCGAGCGGCCGAUCCCGAGCUCCGACGGGGUCAACCAGUCGCGGGACGAAGGCUUCCGCGCGUCCGUGGGCAUCCUGCUCAUGCGUCUGCAUCCGGACGUCACGGCGCAUGCGAUCGAUGCGCUCGUUCACCUGCGCCAGAGCGGCCUCGUGCCCGGGAUCUUCUUCCGCACCGAGCGCCUCCUCUCGGGCUACAUCUACCCGCUGCUCACGCUGUCGCUGACGCCCAACGACAUUCUCACGCACAUCCGUGAGAAGGCCACAAAGGACGCAGACGUGAUAGUCUCGACGCUGCUCUCUCACUCGAACGUGGUCGCGACGACGACGACGGACCCGCAGCUGGAGCGACGCGGCUGCCGCGUCGUGGGCUGCGUCGGCGACUACGUCGUCGUGCACUGGCCCGGGUUGCCCGACGCCUACGACGAGUACGUGCUCCGCACGAGCAUCACGACCGACACGCACAUCGACUCGAUCGAAGCCAUGGCCGCGCCCUUCAACAUCUCGUCCGAAUUCUACAAUGCGCAAAAGAAGUAUGCGCCCAUGUGGAUCAAUGCGCUCGACUACAUGACGCCGUCGACGGUCAAGCGUCCUCGGUCGCCCUCCGCGAGCGAGAUGCCGGCGCACGUCAAGCACACCAAGGUCGAUUCGAGUGUCGUUGCGCGGCUUGACGGCGGCGCCGCGGCGGCUGUCUCGCUCUUGUUGCAGUCGUCGACGACCAACAAGCCUACGACGAGCGUGCUCGACCACUUUGAGGCCAGCGCAACGUCCGAGCCGACGAAGGGCGUGGCCGUGCAUCUGCACUCUGCGCCGGGCUCAGUCGCGCUCGAGCAACAGACCGUCGUCGCGAUUCCGAGCUGCAGCCGCUGGUUCUCGCUCGACGCCGUGCACCCGCUUGAGAAGCGCAUGUUGCCCGAGUUUUUCGACGAGCCGCGGCCCGGCACGAUCCGGUCCAAGACGCCGCAGGUGUAUGUGACGUACCGCAACUACAUGGUGCAUGCCUCGCGCGCCCAGCCGCACGUCUACCUGACGGCCACGGCAUGCCGGCGUAAUCUUGCAGGCGACGUGUGCGCGGUCUUGCGCGUGCACGAGUUCUUGACGCACUGGGGCUUGAUCAACUUCCACGUGCCGGCGCACGCGAUGCCGCCCAGCGUUCCCUCGACACUGGACCUCGAUGUCGCGGCGCUUCCGACGCCCGCGUUGAGCGUGUGCGAAUCCUGCGUCCAGAGCGCGAUUGCAUACGAACUGUCGCUGGACGCCAAGCGCAAGGAGCGGCAGUCGCAGCUCGGCGGGCCGUUCCGGAAGCUGGAUGCGUGGGGCACCCGUCCAGGCACCGGCGUCUGCGAAAACUGUUUUGCGAAGCGCAAGUUUCCAACGCACUUGGAUGUGACCGACUUUGUGCCGGUGCCUUCGAACUGCAAGUGGACGGACGACCACGUACAGCGACUGGUCGAUGCACUGGAUGCGCUCGAUACGUCCCAGGCGGUCGACUGGAACGAGGUCGGCAUCGCGGUGGGGAAGCCGCCGAAAGAGUGUCUCUUCCAGUUCCUUCAGCUGCCGCUCGACGCCCAAGAGCCGCGUACGAACGCAUCCACAUCCAAAACCUCAGGUCUUUUCCCGCUGGCGCGCGCGACGGCCAACGUGGCCGAUAUCGUCGCGAGCGCCGACCCGCAGCUUGUGCAAGCAGCGACGCGCGCGGUCUUGGCCGAGCUCGACGAGCUCAACACGCCGUCGGCCGCCAAAGCGUCGAGUCCAGCGGCGGCCACGCCCAAGGCGGGCCUUGAAAAGGGUGCCAAGGCGCUCGCCAAGACAGCCAAUGAUGCGGGCUUGAGCUUGAAGGAGGAUGUGUCGCUCGAGGGCCUCGUGUCGGAGCAGGUGUCGUCGGCAACGACCGUCGCGCUCCUCGCCGCCAACGCGCACAGCAUUGCGACGCAAGAGGCAAGCGCCGUGAAGCGUCUCAUGCGCGACUUGCUCCAAUGCCAAAUGGAGCAAGUCCAACUCAAAAUGAAGGCGUUCCAACAACUCGAGAUGGCGCUCCACGCCGAGCGCGAGGAGCUCACAAAGGAGCGGCAUGCGAUCUACAUGGAGCGUCUCGCCGCCGUCGCGUCGCCAGACCCAGAGGCGUAGAGUAAUCCACCACACAGUACGACUAGCUUCCAUCAACUACACAACCCUUGCGUUCACC